AUGGAGGGUGGCGAGGGACUAGAUCUCGUGGAGGAGGAGCGGCGUGUGAGAGAUCUGAGAGAGAUCGAGAGGGGGACUGGAGCUCGUCGUAGAGAGAUCAAGAGGGGCAACAGAUUUAAGAGAUUUAUUCCUCAAGCAGAUUUCUUCAGCAAAGGGUUGUACAUGUUUGAUAUAGGGCAAAACGACAUUGCUGGCGCAUUCUAUUCCCAGUCAGAGGACCAAGUUUUGGCUUCUAUACCUGCAAUUUUGUCAGAGUUUGAGACUGGACUCAAGGAAUUGUACGAUCAAGGUGCAAGGAGGUUCUGGAUUCAUAAUACAGGUCCACUAGGGUGUUUACCUCAAAACAUAGCUCAAUUUGGUAAAGAUCCAUCAAAACUGGAUGAGCUCGGAUGUGUAAGCACACACAACCAUGCUGCAAACCUUUUCAAUCUACAACUUCGUGCGCUCUGCGCGAGAUUGAAGGGCGGAUUUGGAGAUGCAAAUAUCACUUACGUCGAUAUCUUCUCCAUAAAGUCAGAUCUUAUAGCAAAUUAUUCUAACUACGGAUUCGAGAAUCCUAUAGCAGCCUGUUGUGGGUACGGAGGACCACCUAUAAACUAUGACAGCAGAAUUGGUUGUGGACAAACAAAGGUGUUGAAUGGAAGUUCAGUAACAGCUAAUGGGUGCAAUGAUACCACCAAAUACAUUAAUUGGGAUGGGAUUCAUUACACGGAGGCCGCAAAUUUGCAUGUUUCAUCACAAAUACUCACUGGGAAAUACUCUGACCCUCCAUUCUCAGAUAAAAUGCCAUUACUUAUAAAGUUAGAGCUGUAAAGAUAAUGUUCAAAUGUUCCCUUUGUAUCCUUGAUAAUAUUGUUGAUGAUCAAUCAAGUUUGAUGUAGAAGCAAGUGAGACAAAUGUGAUGCUUAUUUUCCCCCCCUGCAUAUACAUAAAUUGUUGGCUAUUGGUUUUAACAAUUGUCUUUUUCUGGGGUUAAAUGCUGUAUGCCAAAGCUAAGUUUUUAGUUAUUUGAUACAACUCAGUUGAAAGCUAUUGGA